AUGGCUCAGAAGAAGAACCCCAAGACUCCUGCCGCCGGAAAAGGCCCCUCGGACAAGAACAAGCAAGCAAAGAAGCCCGGGAACAAAGAAGCGAAACCGGAAACCAAAUCUAAAACGACGACUCCUGCCCCCCCUCAAUUGCUCGUUGCUUCCGUUGCCGCUUUCCUGACCGAGUUUGGCUUCCACAACACCACCCAGGCGUUUGCGAAGGAGCAGAAAGAUGACAGUGGAAAGGCUGCGGUAACCAAGGCAGCGAAAGAGGAAAAUGUCCCGUCCUUGCUCGACAUCUACAAGGCAUGGGAGUCUAAGUCGGGUAGUGCGUCCGCGAAGAGAUCUGUUACGUCGAGCAGCGAGGAAGACAGCGACAGCAGCUCUGCUGAGUCGAGCGAUUCCGAUGUUGAGAUGGAGGAUGCCCCCCAGAAGGUCAAAGGAAAGCGGAGCAGGAGCUCUACGCCCUCGUCGGCUUCUUCCACCAGCUCUGACAGCGAUGCGGAUGAUGAGUCUGGGGAAGACACUAAAGUUCCGGGUCCUAAACCGACUGGUGUGAAGCGGAAGGCCGAGUCUGAACCCGAAGACGAGGCGUCGACAGCGAAGAAAGCGAAAUUAGGUGCCAAGGAAGAUACAAGUGAGUCAGAGUCCUCUUCGUCCGAAUCUUCUGAAUCGUCCGAAUCUUCUGAUUCAGAAGAUUCAGAAGUUUCUUCGGAUUCGGUGUCCUCAAGCUCCGACUCUUUUGACACUGACUCAGGUAAUGAGUCGGAUUCUGAAGAGUCCGAAUCCGAAUCCGAAUCCGAAUCCGAAUCCGAAUCCGAAUCCGAAUCUGAGUCUGAAUCUGAGUCUGAGUCUGAAUCUGAAUCUGAGUCCGAGUCUGAAUCUGAGUCCGAGUCGGAGUCUGAGUCUGAAUCCGAAUCCGAAUCCGAAUCUGAGUCUGAUUCAGAUGCAUCUGAGACGAAAGAAUCAAAAGAAGACCGCAAGGCCCUGAAGUUGGCUGCGAAAACGCCACUUCCGCCGUCUGACAGCGAGUCGAGCGAGUCAAGUGAGUCGAGCGAAUCAAGUGAAUCAAGUGAAUCGAGCGAAUCGAGCGAAUCGAGCGACUCCGACGAGUCUGACGAGUCCGAAGAAUCCGAAGACUCGUCAUCGGAGUCUUCGUCUUCGGAGGAAGAAGACAACAAGAAAGCAGACAGAAAAUCCUCUACCGACACCACCAGUACACUAGCAGGCUCCGACUCGUCAGAGACAAAGAGCAAAGAAGAAAAGGCGGAUUCGGCGGCCCCUUCGACCAAAUCCAACCAGUCAAACGGUACUCCUGCUUCUCAAGACAAGAAGAAGAAGAAGCAGCAUACCGGUGCCCGCCAGACGCCGCUGGCUGAAGCCAGUGCCCGUCCUCACAACCACCCGUCAAACGCCUACGUCCCCUACGCGUACGCCGAGCGCGCUCAUAAGGACCUCUCCGUCACCCGCGGCAAGGAAUUCACCAAGGAGAAGAACAAGAAGAAGCGCGGCUCAUACCGUGGUGGACCGAUUGACAUUGGCCCGUCCAAGCACAGCUACAAAUUCGAGGACUGA